UGGCUGGGCAUGAUCGCUGUGCAUGCGAACUGGUCCACUCGAAAUAAUCUAUAGCUCUCCAAACCACACUUCCCUCCAAUAAGUACUAGAACGGUAAAUAUUUACUGGCUCGCAUUGCUUAUACAUCAUGGUUCACCGCCAGUCAAAUGAUUGGAUUCCGGGGCUAUCGGAGAUACAGCGAGAACGACAGCGCUUUGACUACUAGAUUACCCCACGAGUCGUAUAAAGGGCAGCAUAUGAAGCCAGACGACAUAGACUUAUUGAAUCACAGUUCCCAGGUUCCCAUUUUCUACCAGGUUGACCUCCGCAAGUACAACAUCCAACCCAAUGACAGCAAAGCUUCGAAUUAUAAUAGUCGGCUCUGGCCUAGCAGGCCUAGCAGCUGCCAGGAUCCUCCGAGAGCAUCACGAUGUCACUGUCUACGAGCGCGGCGGUACCGACACAGCCACUGGCGGACAGGGCAUAUGUCUAUUCUCCAACGGGGUCAAGAUUCUGCAAACGAUGGGCUUCGAUCGAGCGCGCGUCGGCGCCGUGCCGUGCUAUGGCUACCGCGCGCUUGACAAAAAUGGGAACCAGCUACAGGAUUUCCCAGUGGACUUCAAAGCGAAGUACGGAGCAGACACCCUGGCUAUGAAGCGGUCGGACUUCCGUGACGAGCUGUUACUCCUGGCGACCGCUCCUUCGGAACACCUCGGUAUCCAGGGCCAUCCCGCACAAGUGAUAUUCAACACCAAUGUCGUCGACAUCGACCCGGAGGAGGCUAGCAUUACGCUGGAAGACGGGUCCGUUGUGGGCGCCGAUGUGGUUAUUAUUGCUGAUGGCGUGCACUCACGUCUCCGUCAUCGCAUCGUGGGCUCCGACGCCCGGGCGAAGAAGAACGGGAUGACCUGCUAUCGUGUGGCGGUCUCUGCCGAGGCUGUGAAACACACGCUUGGCUAUCUGCCCGCAUGGUGGGAUCCCCAAACAGCCGACGGCCGUAUCUCUGCUUUCCAGGCCGGCGAUGGGAGUAACCGACUAAUUGCAGCGUAUGCGAUCCGGAAUGCCGAGUACAUGAACCUAGCGUGUGUCUUUCCUACUCGGCAGAAUCGAGGAAAUGUCCUGGAAUCCUGGUACGCGGAUGGAAAUCGACGGGAAAUGAUCGAGACGUUUGACGACUACUAUGAGCCCAUGCGGAAGAUUCUAGGCAUCGCCACAGAGGUGAAGGUCUGGGAGCUUCAGGAUAUCGACCCGCUGCCUAACUGGAACCGCGGACGGACAAUCCUUAUCGGAGACGCGGCACAUGCAAUGACCCCGAUGCAGGGUCAGGGGGCUAAUAUGGCGUUGGAAGAUGCGGAUGCGCUUCGUUUGUUGCGACCGGGUAUGUCUCGUAAGGAUAUUUCGUCUGUUCUGGAACAGGUUGAUGGUGUCCGCCGGCCGCGUGCUACUAGAGUCCUGCGGGAUACUCGUGUCCAGGCGAAGGAUAUCACGCUGGAGGAACGAAUAGCCAAUCUUGACUAUAACUGUGGUUAUAAUGGGGUCUUUGAGGCUCUUAAAGCAAUGAAGUGAUCUACAGUGGUUGGUUGGUUAGUACUGGUUAAUUGUCCUCGGGCAUUGUGGCUUAAUAUGGCUGAUGGGGGUUAUUCGAUUUCUUGAUGUGGAUAUACUCUAGA